AUGAGACCAGCAACCAACCUCCGCCUCUUCAAGACGCCACUCAACCUCGUCAUCCGCACCAGCAAGCGCAACACCAGUAGCAAUGCUUCAAGCUCAGCAGCCACGACGACGACGACACAGGGAGCUCCUCUCGUAAUCCGAAAAUUUGCCCCUCGCAAAUCUUGCAACAGCAACAGCAACAGCAACAGCAACAGCAACAGCAACAGCAACAGCAACAGCAACAGCAACACCAAUAACAACCCCUCAAGCUCAAACUCAUCAAGCUCAGCAGCCACACAGCAGCAGACGACAACAACAACAACAGCAACAACAACAAAGGAAGCCCCCCUCCCCAUCCGAAAAGUUUCUCCCAGCAAAGCCCGUCCCUUACAAUGGCUUCUAAGCGGUGACCAAGAGCAGAUCCGCCAAGAAAUAGAAAACCGCAGGAUUCAGGCCGAGGAGACGCAGCAGCAGCAGCAGGAACUGGAAAAGCGGCGGAUGGACGCUGAGGAGAAACACGAGGGGCUUUUGCGGAAGAAACAGGAGCUGGAGCAGAAACUAAAGCUAGUGAAAGCCAGGACAGGGCUGGAGGAAGAGGGCCAAGGAAGGACGCCGGAAGUGAAAGAUCUCCUGGAAAGGGAAAAGCGGCAGCGGAUUCUGGAGCUGGCGAUCACGAGGGUCAAGAGGAAGUUGGUGAAUCUAGAAGUAGAAAUGGGAGCGAGAGAGGAGGGGGAGAGAGUGGGUGUUAGGCUGCGACGGGAGGAAAGGCGGGAACGGCAGGAACGGAGAAGGGAGAGGGUGGUGGUUGUGUGGAAGGUUAAGGGGGAGCGGAGAGUUGAGGAGAGGCUGGGUGAGGGGUUGAGGAAGCGGGAUGGGGAGGGGGAGGGGGUUGGAAGAGGUGGGACUGAAACAAGAACAAAGGGGGUGAGAGUGAGGGUUGUUGGUACUGGUGCUGGUGCAGAUAUGGAUAUGGAAGGACUAUGGGGGGAGGAUGUUUGGGGUGACGAUUUUUGGGAUGAGGAGGUGUCACAACAUCAACAGCAACGGCAACAAGCGAAACAGCAGCAACAAGAACCUAAUGUGGCGAUUCUACCCCUGACGCAUUACCUCUUGAGAGAUCCAGAUCCCACAGAUCCCACAUAUCCAGCUCCAGAUCUUGAUCCUUUCGAAAGAUUGGAGAUGGCAGCACGGAUAGAAAGGGAACGGAAAGCGGAGAGCAUCAACGGUGAUGAUGGAUGGGAUGACUGGGGAGAGGGACAGGGACAAGGACAGACUCAACAGGCUCACGAGACUCAGCAGACCGAGGAGGGUCUACCCCAAAUACAUCCCCUCCCAACACAUCCAGAUCCGGAUCCGUUCGAAGUGUUGGAGAUGGCGGCACCGGUAGGACGGGAACGGAAAGCGGAGAUCAUCAGUGGUGAUGACGAGAGAUGGAGUGUCCUGAGACUGGGACAGGGACAGGAACAGCAAGCUUGGGAGACUCAGUGGGCUGAGCAGACUCGGGAAGCUCAGGAAACUCAGCAGACUCAACAGGUUCUACAGGUUCAGGAACAGCAAGCUGAGCAGGGUCAACAAGAACAGCAAUCUCAGCAGAUUCAGGAAGCUCAGCAGGUUCAACAGGCCCAACAUGUUCUACAGGCUGAGGAGGCUCAGCAGCAUAAGGAGGCCCAGCAGGCUCUGGAGAAUCGGGAGGGCCAGCAGACCCAGGAAAGUAAAGGGCUAGAAAUUGAUGACAGGAAACCGAAUUCCAACAAAGCUGGAGCAGUACCAGUGGGAAGAGUCGAAAGGAAGGGUCGGUUGCGCAGUCGAAUGAGUGAUCUCAAGAUUGGAUCGGGUCCAAGUGAGGAUGAAGUUAAGGUGGGAAAUGAUCUUGCAGAAAAUAAGACGGCGGCGAAAGAGGCUCCUCAGAUAGAGACCUCAUCAUUAGCAUCAGAGUCGACACCGCAACAAGCAAUGACAGCUACCGAAGAGCCUCAAGAAGCCCCACCAAAGAUAAUAACAACAAGAACACCAACAACACCAACAAAACAAUCACAACCGCAACCAAAACCACAACUACCCUCAAAAGAGCCACCACCCCUCACCACCCACCGCCUCACCCUCGUCCCCCGCCCCGACACCGACCUCUUCUCCCCCGCUCCUCCUCCCGGCACCCUCCUCAUCCUCGCCUGCAGCGCCAAAGCCGACUGGCGCGAAGGAGUAUCCAACUUUUUGUACACUCAUUAUCCCAAAGCCCACUACAUGCUCAAGGCGCAUUGCAAGUCCAUCUCCACCAUUACUACAUCAUCUUCCUCUCAAGACCAAGAUCAAGACCAAAAUUCCCAGUCCAUCGACCCCGUCCAAGCCCACAAAGAUGCUCUAGACAAGCACCAGCGAAACCUAGUAGGCACGGCAUUACUCAUCAAGCCGACUCCUGCUGCUUUUGCUGCUGCCACUACCACUACCACUACCAAUACCGACAAAAAACAAAAUGAAAACAACAAGGACCUCCCCUACUUCAUAGGCUGCCUCUUCCUCACCAAAGAAUCCUCAAAAGCCUACCGCGACCCACCAGUAGCGAUCCUCAAGGCGACGCGGACGGCAAUGGCGGAUCUGAUGAGGCAGGUGGCCGAGCAUAAGCAGACAGUGGCGCAGUGGAAGAGGAUGAAUGGCGGAUGGGCGAGGAAGGUGAAGGGGAAGACGACGGUUGUUGGGCCGGAGAUGAGGAUGGCGAGGCGGGAUGUGAGUACUAAGUUUGGGAUUAAGUGGGAGAUGAUGAGGGAGGUUUUGGAGGGGUUGGAGGUUGUGGGUUUUUGA